GUGACAUUAGACUACAACUCCCAUGAUGCAAAGCCCCGCGCGCCUCGGCGUGACAAAGCUUGGUAAACAACAUGGCGGUAACACCAGCCCGACGGUCAUCUCUCCACGAUUUAGGUUUGUGGGCCGACCGGACUGCCCUCCACGAAGCCGCAUUUCAAGGCAGGGCUUUACAGCUGAUACGGCUUAUAGAAAGUGACGCGUCAGUCAACAUCGUGACGGUGGACAACGUCACGCCACUGCACGAGGCCUGCCUUCAAGCUCACCCGCACUGUGCCCGGCUUCUGCUGGAAGCCGGGGCCCAGGUGGACGUUCGGACCAUCCACGGCAGCACUCCCCUCUGUAACGCCUGCUCUUCCGGGAGCUUGGAGUGUGUCAAGCUGCUGUUGAAAUAUGGCGCCAAAAUCAACCCGUCGCUCACCGCUUUGACCGCGUCGCCCCUGCAUGAGGCCUGCAUCCAAGGGAGUCCUGAGAUAGUGAGGCUGCUGAUAGCCAACGGUGCCAAUCUGGAGGCGUACGACGUCCACUUCGGCCCGCCCCUGCACAUCGCUUGUGCAAAAGCGCAGGUAGAAUGUGUCAAGGAGCUUCUGCUUGCAGGUGCCGAUGUGAAUUCGAGCAAAUUUCACGAGACGGCAUUGCACCACGCGGCAAGACUGGACACGCCGGACGUGAUCGAACUGCUGGUGGAGUUUGGAGCCAAUACGCGCCAGCUUGACAACUCGGGUCUCAAACCCAGUGACUACUCAAAACCCGCGUCACCUUCCUGCCUCUGUCUUAAGUUUUAUGAAAGCAACCCGCUGAGCCUUCAGCAGCUUUGCAGAAUCGCUGUGAGGAGAGCACUCGGUACCACAGCCUCGACGGUCAUAGGUUUGCUGGACAUAUCCCAUAUUAUUAAAAGCUAUCUGCAGUUUCAUUAAAACUUAUACAGAAUUAACCAUAUUUGAUUCCACAUUUUAUUUAGGCCAAAAUGUAUAAACAAUGUCAAACUACAGUUACACAAUGAUUUUCCAGGGCAUAACAGACAGUGACAAUCUUAUCUAACAUUGUGACAGCUUCACCGUCACACCUUUGCGUCAAGUCCGGAGACACGUAGGUUUUUAAGAGUUGAUACUUGCGGUGCAUAUUUCCCAGCAUUGUUUCAACGUGAGCGCUCAGGUGCGUCGUGUCUCCAAAGUUCUUCUUGACAAAGGUCGACUCGUCGACCUCAGCGUAAAACAAGCCGGCGCUUUUGUCACCUUCCAAACCUCUCGCCAAGACGACGUCGCCUGGCGACAAUUUACAAAGAAAGCCGCUUUUCUCCAACAUGUUUUUGGUGGUUAUGAAUCCAUUGCACGCAUGCGAUACGAAACCGACAAAUCCGCCGAGCGAUAGGGCAAUUAAAUACGUGACAUGACCGCCGGAUACCUUUUGCCUUCCGUUGCAAGUUGAGGGUUUUUGAAUCGACACUCUUAAGCAGUCGAUGAUCGCGACAGCUUUGCCACCGAAAGCCUCGACAAACUGGACCGGGGUUGUUUUUUGCAAUGUGUUUUGGUUCGGCCACGUGAUGGAUGGUCUCAGGUUUGUGUACAGAAAUGAAACUGUUUCCCGAAACGUUGCGUUCGCUGUGCUGGUAGAGAUGCUAAAAAUGUGGGCGAGGUGUUGGAUGGGCAAAUCUAGCCGGAGGCGCAUGAAGGUCAGCAGGAGAACUUGGAAAGGACUGAGUCUGCUCUCCUGGGCUGGCAUGAGAGGUAAUAAAAAACAGAAGAAGGUCAUGAAAGAAGCCAAGUUUGGCAUCCCCGUGUAAUAUUGUACUUUGCCGUCAUUGUUUUGGAAGAAGCCAUCGGGCAUCUUGAACGCGUCCAGCUCUCGCCUGAGCCGCAAGUUCUCUUCCACUAGGUGGCUGACUUCCGCCGCCCUCUGGAUACAAAAGCUGCAUUCUGUCAAAGUGUCCACUUCAACUGAUUCCUCUUCUUGCUUAAUUUCCUUAGUUCCAAAUCCAGAGCUAUCCCCACUGCAUUCCGUGUUCUCCGGUGCUUGUAGUUCUAAUUUGACAAUUUGAUUCUUUUUGACAUUCUCCGUAAACUCGCAGAGCAUCGGCUCUUCUGCGGUCGACUCUCGCUCCUUUAGAACGUGCUCGACCCGAGAUUUCCAUACUUUUGACGAACGUGGGUCGUUGGCGCGUUCGUUCGGGUCAUUUUCCAUUUCGUGCGCCGGUUUCACUGCGAUUGAAUGAAAGGAACAACAUCACUACAAACUCUUUGAGCGACUGC